UUGCAGACCUGGAUGUGCGGGGGGACACUGGAGAUAAUCCCCUGUUCACACGUGGGCCACGUCUUCCGUUCCCGGUCUCCAUAUAAGUGGCGAUCGGGAGUUAAUGUAUUGAAACGUAAUUCAAUUCGUUUGGCAGAGGUUUGGUUAGACGAGUACAAGAAGUAUUACUAUCAACGCAUCGGUGAUGAUCUCGGCGAUUACGGGGACGUGAGCUCCAGGAAAGCGCUGAGAAAACAGUUGGGCUGCAAGUCAUUUGACUGGUAUAUCAAGAAUAUAUACCCCGAGCUGUUUGUUCCCGGAGAGGCUGUUGCGUCCGGAGAGGUGCGAAAUCUCGGCGGCGAUUCCCCGUCGAAGAUGUGUUUGGACUCCGCGGCCCGAAAGGGUGAUUAUCACAAACCCAUUGGUCUCUAUCCGUGUCAUAAUCAGGGAGGAAAUCAGUAUUGGCUUCUGAGCAAAGAGGGAGAGAUCAGGCGAGACGAGGCCUGUCUGGACUUUGCGGGUCGGGAUGUGGUUCUCUAUCCAUGCCAUGGAUCUAAAGGCAAUCAGCACUGGAUCUAUGACGAAGACUUGCAUCAAAUAAAGCACGGAAUAAGUGGUAAAUGUCUUCAGAUGUCAUCGGACAGAGAGAAGGUGCAGAUGACUGAGUGCUCGUCCGGUCAGUCGAACCAGAAGUGGAAGUUCGCUAACUUUGAUCCGUCCAAAGCUGCCAAAGAAGACGAUUCCGACUGAUUUUAGUUGUUUUCUAUGUUUUUAGUUUUAAAACAAUUAUUUUCUAGUAAAUUGACUGUAAUUUUUAAAAGCGAUCGCAAAUGUGAAUUGAUUUGCGGUUUUUGUGAAGAAUUUUAUCAAAAGACGCGACAAAAGUGUGUGAAAUAUGUUUUGUUUCAACACUUGUACUGAAGACAAGACUUUAAUAUUAUUUUGCGAUUUCACGCAAAAAACAGACAAAACAAUUGGUUUUAUUAAUUCAAUUGAAUCGCUAUUUUGACUCUCGAUAAGUGCCACGAAUUUAGUGUUGUUUUUUGAAAAGUAAUUCAUUUCUUUCAUUCAUUCAUAAAUUGUUGUGUCUUUUAUAUAAUUUUCAAUUGAUUUUCGAUGACAUCCCUUGAAGUGGAAGAUUAAUGAACAAAGUUUUGACUAUUUUUCGCCAAAUUCUCAGCUUUUUUCGUCUCAAUUGAUUGUUUAAACGAAACAAAACACAAAUAUUAAUCAAAAUAUUGUAAUAUAUUUAUCGGAGUUUAUGUUGUUAUGUGAGAAGAAACAAACAAAAGUCUAAUUCAUGUAAUGAUAUUUAAUUGAUGGACAAAUUGGGGCCGAAAUAAGUCGGCCGUUAAGUGCCUUCAAAGUGCUUUCAAAGUGACCUUUCAUUGAAGUCUCUCUAUAUCUCUAUCUAUCCUAUGAUCGCAUCUAUUAAACGACUCGACACUGAAAUACAAGCGCCGAUUAAAACCGUAUCGCUAUUUGAAAAUGUGUUAAUGUAUUCACGAAUUGAAUGCAUAAUUAAAAUUGAUUAUAUUUAAAGCGAAUAUAAUAUUUUAAAAAGUUUUAGUCGUUUUUAAUGAUAUUAUAUUUUCGUAUUAAUAAAUUAAUUGCAAAUUUUAAAUAUAUAAAUGAAUAGUUUUUUGAACUGAAAGAGUAUUUCUCGAC